UAACGUCGCUUUUGGGCUGCAGGGGAGGGGCUUUAACCCGGUCACGACAUGGGGAAGUUGCCCACCGCUUUUUCUGUGUUGCCAUGGGGUUUUUCUAAAACCUAUUGACUGGGACAGGGUCCCCGCUUUUAUUUGAGUCAGUCUUUGUGGAGGCGGAGGAAGAAACCGCUAUUACUUUUUUUCUUCCAGAGGCGGGUGGGAGUGACACAAGCAGCAUCCACGAGAGGAGGAGGGGAGGUUGGUCCACCACUCAAACCCACUCACUGCGAGCCAGGCGAAGCGCCGCUGCAUAUCCAUCUGCUCUCCUUGGCUGGGGGGAUUUAAGCCAACUUGGUUAAGGACUGCCUUAUGUUGCACCUGAAGGUACAACUUCUUCAGUGCUCCAGAGACAAAAACUGAGGAAACCUUGGAAAGCACUUUUUUCCUGACGUCUAAGAUCAACAAUGAAAGUCAUGACACUACAGAGAAGCUGGAGAAUCAUUGGCAUUCUUGCCUCAGUCACCUUUAUCUCUGUCUUUCGUAUCUCUACAGCCAUUGAUAUCCCACUGGAAGUUUUAGGUCAUGUAAACAUUGAGCAGCUGCCCACCAUCACUGCCCAGUCGCCAAGCUCCCUCAUUGCCUUCCCUUUUGAUGAGAGUUAUCCCAUGACGUGCGAGGCCAAAGGGAAUCCCGAGCCAGAAAUCAGAUGGAUGAAAAAUGGCCAGGAAUUCGACCCCUCUUUAGAUCCCCGGCUGAUGAAAGAAGAGGAUUCUGGGACCUUUGUGAUACCCAAUAAUGGGAACCUUACAGAGUACCAGGGAACCUAUCUUUGUUACGCCUCAAACAAACUGGGGACCGCCACAUCCAAGGAGAUUGAAUUCAUUGUCCCUCAUGUCCCAAAGUUUCCAAAAGAAACGCUCGAUCCUAUUGUGGUGGAGGAAGGCCAGGCUUUUACUUUAAAAUGUGAGCCACCGAAAGGAAUACCCCCUCUGCAGAUCUAUUGGAUGACGAUCAACCUUCAACAUAUAGAACAAGAUGAGAGGGUGUCUAUGGGCUUGAAUGGAGAUCUGUACUUUUCUCACGCGGUGGACAAGGACAGCAGGAGGGACUAUUGCUGCUUCGCCGCCUUCCCAAGAAUACGAACCAUCGUUCAGAAGACAGCCAUGUCGGUCAUUGUCAAGACCAAAAAAGGUCAUGGCAUGAGUCCUGAAAUUGCCAAUGCCAUCCUGCAGCGGAGACCCUUGCUUAUGACGCCAUCUGGUGUCAGAACAGAGAAACAUUUUGUCAGGGGAGAUGACAUGAAACUGGACUGCAUUCCUGAGGGAUUUCCAACUCCACAGGUCGAGUGGGUCAAAAUGGGUCAUAAGCUUCCAAUUAAAGCCAAACUGGAGAGUCAUGGAAAAUUGCUGAUUGUACCAAGUGUUGAACAAGAAGACAGCGGCAAGUAUAUGUGCAAGGCUAAGAACAGGCUGGGAGAAGUAGUCCAUUACUUCACAAUAACCGUGGAAGAGCCUCCAGAGUGGGUGUUGGAGCCUGAGAGUCAGCUCAGUAUGAUCGGCUCAAAUGUCCUCAUCAAGUGCUCAGCGACUGGAACUCCCCAGCCAACUAUAUCUUGGAGGGUGAACGGUCUGCCUCUGCAUGAAGCCCCUGCAGCUAACAGGAAGGUAUUUGAUGACACCAUUAUUUUGCACAACGCCAAAGCAUCUGACAGUGCAGUCUAUCAGUGCCAAGCAUCCAACAGACAUGGAACCCUCCUCGCUAAUGCAAACAUCAUGGUUAUGAAUCUCCCUCCAAUGAUUCUUACAAAGGAGGCGGAGGAUUACUCUGCUGUCGAAGGGAGGGGAGUGAUGAUGCACUGCAACGUCUUCAGCUCUCCACCAUCUAUUAUCACUUGGAACAAGGAUGAUUCCUCUGAAUCUGUGGUGGGGCCGAGGUUUACCGUUCAUGACAAUGGCUCAUUGGAAAUCUACACCACAGAAAAAGGUGAUACCGGACAAUAUACAUGUUACGCCAAAAACACAGAAGGUUCAUCUGCCAUUGAAGCUUCCCUUUAUGUGAAAGAUCCUACAAGAAUUACGGUGGCCCCGGAAAACCAGCAGAUCUUAAUAGGCACCCGAGCCCAGCUCUCAUGCUUGGCAGAAUACGACAAGUCCUUCAGCAAUGACUUUGAACUCCUGUGGGAAAAAGACAAUAUGGACAUAGGCUUAAAUUAUACUGACAAUUCAAGAUACUUUGUGGAGAAUGGUAUCCUUCAAAUCUUCAACGUAAGCCACAGGGACCAGGGUGUGUACACAUGUGUGGGAAGAACACCAGUGGACCAGGACACUGCCUCUGCAUUGCUCAUGGUAUUAGAUGUCCCUGAUGCACCUCAGCACUUGGUAUUGUCAGAACACAAGACCAAAAGUGUGAAACUGAAAUGGACCCCAGGGGACGAUCACAACAGCUCAACCACAGAGUUUAUUAUUCAAUACGAGGAGAGCCAGUGGGAGCCUGGAAAUUGGAAGGAGCUGCUCCGGGUACCGGGGAAUCACAUUUCGUCCAUCCUCAAACUCCACGGUCAUGUCGACUAUCGUUUCCGUGUGGCUGGUAUUAACGGUGUGGGGAGGGGCCCUCCCAGUGAGCCCACAGAGAGAUACAAAACCCCUCCAACAGCCCCUGACAAGAACCCGGAAAAUAUCAAAAUCGAAGGUCAUUUGCCGCAUGAAAUGGCUAUCAACUGGGAGCCCUUGUUGCCAAUUGAACACAACGGGCCAGGUCUUGAGUACAAAGUAAGCCACAGACGGCAGGACUUGGAGGACGACUGGAGGGAACACAUGGUGAAGAGACACUCGUUUGUGGUGAAGAACACACCCACGUUUGUGCCCUAUGAGAUCAAGAUCCAAGCCAGGAACAAUCAGGGUUGGGGCCCAGAGCCAACCAUAGUGACAGGCUACUCCAGCGAAGAUUCUUUCUUUUGGACUUGUCGCCAGGAGACCAACACAGUUCCGUCCGCAGCACCUGAUGAUGUAGCUGUGGUGGUGAUCAACAGCUCAGUGGUCAAGGUCAGCUGGACUCGUGUAAACAAGGACAAGUUGCAUGGACAUCUGGGAGGCUACAGGAUAAACUGGUGGCGUCUGCGGAGUCUGGUGGAUUUGAAGAAAAGCCACGGAGACAAACAGACAUUAACAUUACCAGGCGAUCGCAACCAUGCUAUCAUACCCAGACUGCAACCCUUCUCCGAGUAUAGUCUCAUCGUCAUGACCUUUAACGGUCGUGGCAACGGUCCCGGGAGCCAUCCUGUCAACUUUAAAACCCCAGAGGGAGUUCCUGAGAAAAAUCCCGUUUUCAGAGUCACACAUACACAGAAGCACACUGUCUCUUUGGCUUGGGCCCCACCAUCAGAGCCCAAUGGGAUUUUGACAGGAUAUCUUUUAGAAUAUCAGCUAAUUAACAACACAGAGGAUGUCGGACAACUGCAGACUAUCGACAUCAGCAAACCCGAUACAACCAAGUGGACCCUGCGGGACUUGGAGCCUUUAAGCAAAUACAAGUUCCACUUGCGUUCCUGCACCACAGUAGGCUGUGGGCCCAUUAUCAGUGAGGAGAGCACCACCACCCUGGAAGCAAGUCGAGUCGCGGGGACAGCAGCUUUAGCAGGGACGCCCAGACUUCCCUCUCCCCAGUCACGUUAUCCAGCUCUUCCAGGGUGAUCCCGAGGAGUUCCCAGGCCAGCCGAAAGACAUAGUCUCUCCAGUGUGUCCUGGAUCGUCCCUGGGGUCCCCUUCUGCUGGAUGUGCCCAGAACACCUCACCAGGGAGGCGUCAGAAUCAGAUGCCCCAGCCACCUCAUCUGGCUCCUCUUGAUGUGGAGGAGCAGCGGUUCUACUCUGAGGUCCUCCCGGAUGAGCAAGCUUCUCACCCACUCUCUAAGGCAGAGCCCGGACACCCUGUGGAGGAAACUCAUUUCGGCCGCUUGUAUCCGGGAUCUUGUUCUUUCGGUCACGGCCCACAGCUCUUGACCAUAGGUGAGGGUAGGAACGUAGAUCGACCGGUAAAUCGAGAGCUUCGCCUUUCGGCUUACUUCCUUCUUCACCAAAACGGACUGAUACAAAGUCUGCAUCACUCCAGACGCUGCAACGAUACCCCUGUCAAUUUCCCCCUAUCCAUUCUUCCCUCCCUCAUGAACAAGACCCCAAGAUACUUGAACUCCUUCACUUGGGGCAGGAUCUCAUCCCUGACCUGGAGAGGGCACGCCACCCUUUUCCGACUGAGGACCAUGGUCUCAGAUUUGGAGGUGCUGAUUCUCAUCCAAGCCACUUCACACUCGGCUGCAAACUGCUCCAGUGAGAGUUGGAGAUCACAGCUUGAUGAAGCCAACUGAACCACAUCAUCUGCAAAAAGCAGAGAUGCCAUACUGAGGUCACAAAAUCGGACCCGCUCUACGCCUUGGCUGCGCCUAGAUAUUCUGUCCAUAAAAAUUAUGAACAGAAUCGGUGACAAACGGCAGCCUUGGCGGAGUCCAACCCUCAUCAGAAGGAGUCUGACCAAACUCUGACUCCGGUCGUACAGAGAAUGAACAGCCCGUUUCAGGGGUUUCGGUCCCCAAGCAUCCCCACAGGACUCCCCAAGGGGCACAGUCGAAGGCCUUCCCCAAGUCCACAAAACACAUGUAGACUGGUUGGGCGAACUCCCAUGCACCCUCGAGGACCCCACCGAGGGUUUAGAGCUGGUCCACUGUUCCUCGGCCAGGACGAAAAUCACACUGCUCCUCCUGAAGCUGACAUUCGACUUCCCAACGGACCCUCCUCUCCAGCACCCGUGAAUAGACCUUACCAGGGAGGCUGAGGAGUGUGAUCCCCAUGUAGUUGGAACACAGCCUCCGGUCCCCCUUCUUAAAAAGGGGGACCACCACCCCAUUCUGCCAAUCCAGAGGCACAGUCCCUGAUGUCCACGCGAUGUUGCAGAGGGCUGUCAACCAGGACAGCCCCACAACAUCCAGAGCCUUUAGGAACUCCGGGCGAAUCUCAUCCACCCCCCCGGGGCCUUGGCACCCAGGAGCUUUUUAACCACCUCGGUGACCUCAACCCCAGAGAUAGGAGGGCCCGCAUCAGAGAACACAGACUCUGCUUCCUCAUUGGAAGGCGUGUCGGUGGAAUUGAGGAGGUCUUCGAAGUAUUCUCCCCACCGACUCACAACGUCCCCAGUCAAGGUCAGCAGCGCCCCAUCCCCACUAUACACAGUGUUGAUGGUGCACUGCUUCUCCCUCGUGAAACGCUGGAUGUUGGACCAGAAUUUCCUCGAAGCCGACCGGAAGUCUUUCUCCACGGCCUCACCAAACUCCUCCCAUACCCGGGUUUUUGCUUCAGCAACCACCAAAGCUCCAUUCCGCUUGGCCAGCCGGUACCCAUUAGCUGCCUCAGGAGUCCCACAGGCAAAAAGGCCCGAUAGGACUCCUUCUUCAGCUUGACGGCAUCCCUCACCGUUGGUGUCCACCAACGGGUUUGGGGAUUGCCGCCACGACAGGCACCAACCACCUUACGGCCACAGCUCCAGUUGGCCGGGAACGCCUCGGCAACAUGGUCCACUCGGACUCGAUCUUCCCUGCCUCCCCCGUAACAUGAGCAAAGUUCUGUCGGAGGUGGGAGUUAAAACUCCUUCUGACAGGGGAUUCUGCCAGACAUUCCCAGCAGACCCUCACAAUACGUUUGGUCCUGCCACGUCGGACCGGCACCAUCUUCCCCACCAUCGGAGCCAAAUCACCACCAGGUGGUGAUCGGUUGACAACUCCGCCCCUCUCUUCACCUGAGUGUCCAAGACAUGCGGCCGCAUGUCCGAUGACACGACCAAAAAGUCGAUAAUCGAACUGCGUCCUAGGGUGUCCUGGUGCCAAGUGAACGUGUGCACACCUAUCUACUUGAACAUGGUGUUCGUUAUGGAUAAUCUGUGAUGAGCACAGAAGUCCAAUAACAGAACACCACUUGGGUUCUGAUCAGGGGGGGCGUUCCUCCCAAUCACGCCCUUCCAGGUCUCACUGUCAUUGCCCACGUGAGCACUGAAGUCCCCCAGCUGAACU